AUGGCGGACAGCAUGGAAGGCGUCGUCGUCGAGGGCGAGCAGCCCAAGGCCGAGAACGUAGAGCAGAAGGCCAUUGCUGACAUCCGGGGCAACUUUGUCCUCCUCGAGCGAGCCGUCGCCCAGUUCGAUACCCGCUUCACCCUGCGCGCCCUCCGCUCCAUAUCAUCGCUCCGCAAGAGGCUCACCGACCGUGUACUAUGCUCUGUCAUCAUCCUGACAUACUCCCCAAACAACGCCACGGCGCGCAACUUCAUCGAGUACAUUGGCAUGGAUGGCGAGGCGAUACAGAGCGUUGUAUCCCAGUACAAGGAGGAGGUCCAACUCAACAAAAACAACACCAAGGAGCCCCUGCCCGAGGUGGACAUUUACAUAGCCAUUCUGAUACAGGUCUAUCUCUACGAUCAGAAGGAGUUCGAAGAGGGAGCUGAGUUCGCCGAGACGCUGGUAGACAAGAUCCGAGAGCUGAACAGGCGGACAUUGGACUCGUUAGCAGCCAAGGCCUACUUCUACUUCUCCCUGUUCCACGAGGAAAUGGACCCCAAGCCCCCGUCGAAGCAGUCGCCCGUCAUUCAAAUCCGCGGAAAGCUACUCGCUGCGCUCCGAAGCGCAGUGCUCAGGAAAGACCCAGACACGCAGGCCUCCGUUACCACACUGUUGCUCCGAAACUACCUCUCGACCGCCGACAUCACACAAGCCGAUCUCCUUGUUGCGCAGACACAAUUUCCACCACAAGCCCCAAACAACCAGGUUGCGAGAUACCUGUACUACCUUGGCCGCAUACGGGCUAUUCAGCUGUCCUACACCGAGGCACACGAGCACCUAAUCAGCGCCACCCGCAAGUCGCCCUCCGCUCACUGCGCAACAGGCUUCUACCAGGCUUCGAUGAAGCUCCUGGUAGUCGUUGAGCUGCUGAUGGGUGACAUUCCCGAGCGCGAGGUCUUCAGCCAGCCCCGUCUGGAGCGUGCUAUGGAGCCUUACUUCCGCCUCGUCCAGGCAGUGCGCGUUGGUGAUCUACAAGGCUUCCUGAAGGUGGUGCAGACGUCCUCGUCCGUCUUCCAGCGCGAUGGCACCUACACCCUCAUCCUCCGCCUGCGACAAAACGUCAUCAAGACCGGUAUCCGUAUGCUGUCGCUUUCAUACUCGCGCAUCUCGCUCCGCGACAUCUGCAUCCGUCUCGGUCUUGAGAGCGAGGAGUCGGCCGAGUACAUUGUUGCCAAGGCUAUCCGCGAUGGUGUCAUAGAGGCUUCUAUUGAUCACGAGAAGGGAUUCAUGCAGACCAAGGUUGCCGGCGAUAUCUACGCAACUCGUGAGCCUGGCGAGGCAUUCCACGAGCGUAUCCGGGCGUGCUUGACCCUGCACGACGAGUGUGUCAAGGCAAUGCGAUACCCCAUGAACCAACAUCGUCUGGAGCUCAAGAACGCCCAGGAGGCGCGGGAGAGGGAGCGCGAGUUGGCCAAGGAGAUCCAAGAUGCCCAUCCGAACCCGUCCCUAAUGUCCAACAACAGGAUUGACGUACCCCGGCGACUCCGGCGCGCCAUCCUACUCAAUGACCUCGCCCUCGUCCAACGCAUUAUCUGCAACAACCACACGUACCUACGCAACCCCGACUUCGAAGACCGCUCCAACACGUCGCUGCACCUCGCUGCGAAACAUGGCUUCACAUCCAUCGCCGAGUUUCUCGUCGACGCGGGCCACGAAGACGGCAUGAUCAGCCGUAACAACGACUGGGAAACGCCUCUCAUGCUGGCCGCAAGCGCUGGAAAGGAAGAAUGCGGCGUCUACCUCGCCAAGCGCUUCCCCGAAUCCGUAGACUGGAAGAACAAAGCCGGUCUCGACGCGUUGAUGCUGGCGUGUAAAUCUGGUUCGGGGACGCUGCACCUCAUCCCCGCGCUGAUCCUCCAUGGACCCAGUAUACUUUCUGCAAGCGACGCGCAGGGCAACACGGCGCUGCACCAUGCUUCUGCGGCAGGAGAAUUGAAAGCGCUAAGGAUGUUACUGCAGUAUGGAGCGAAUCCGCUGGCGAGUAAUAGCUACAGCUGGACACCAGUUCAUUACUCGGCCACCACAGCGGCAGAAGCAUAUUUCAAGACUCUCAUCAUCGAGUUUGAGAAGAAGAAGGCAGAAGGGAAACGCGCGGUCAAGGAGAGGGAGCGGCAGCGUACUGCAGGCGUCAGGCUGGUUACUGAUGCCGAGGGUUUGGGAGGCGCGAAUGCAGGCGUGCCAGAGGGGAGGGCUUCUGUUGAAAGCAACAGACAGCGGGCGAGGGAUGAUGCGGCCAUUGCAGGGCUUCCGGCGCCCGGUAUGAUGGAGUGGAGUCCUAUAGAGAGGAGGAGGGCUAUGACGCCCACUGAGGGCAGGGGGUGGACAUUUACGCCGGAUGGAAUGAGGCCGAGGGCUGAGACCGGCGAGUCUAUAUAG